CGCAAUGGCAUCAUCUACCUCAGAAGCCGAAUCAGACGAGCACUGUUCGCCCACAACUACUCCUACUGCCAGUGUAAAAGUCAUCCGCUGCACGGAAAAGGGAUGUGAAUGCACUUUCAAGAAGAAGGGACAACUCAGAGAACAUCUCAAAGACACUCAUCACAAUCUAACCGUCGCCAAAAGAUACGAGUGUGCGACAUGCAAGCGAAGUUUCAACUACAGAUUUCACCUGAAGCGACACGAGAAAAUUCACAACGGGUACAAAUGCGAAGUGUGCGACUUAACAUACAAAACGUGGUCGGACUUGAGAAAGCACAGAGCACUGACACACAAGACGAAUGGGAAACGAGUGAAAUGCGAGGCGUGUAGGAAGAGGUUCGAAACCAGAGACUCAAUGAAGGAACAUCUGAAAACAUGUGCCAGUAUCUCCAAACUAACAUGUGCAAUAUGCAAGAAGCAGUUUUCGAAGAAAAGCAACCUCAACUCACACUUGAAAACAGUCCACAAUUGUGAGAGAGAUUACACGUGUGUGAAUUGUAACAAGGAGUUUCUACAUGCACACAAUGUGGUGAAGCAUUUGGCCGUGUGUUUUGCGAAGACAGUUGAAGAUGAAGUAGAUCCUUGUGCGAGUCAAAUGAGCAUCAAAGAGGCCAUUUUAGCACAGCUGGACAGAAGCGGGAGAAAUGAGAGCGAAGAAUACCAAUUCCAGUGUGAACUAUGUCAGAAGAGAAUGAAACACCAGCGAAGUCUCUGGCGACACAAGAAACAUUGUCCAGCCAAAGAAAUUGAGAAAAAAGCAGAACCCGAAGAAUCAUCUUCAGUGAGUGCAAUGUUAGGCUUCGAUACGUCUAAGUUCCCAAUUGUAAGGACAAAUGAUGGAAAGGGAUCGGACUGGGAACAGUCUCCUGUGGUGAAGAUAGUCAAGUCCAAUCAGGAAGAAGUGGAGAGUUUGGCCAAUGAGAGAAGUAUAUCUUCCGAAAGUGACAGAGAGGAGCACUCGAUGAGGUCAAAAAAGAGAAAAGAAAGUUCAACGACCGAAAAGGGUUCUGAUGAUAUUGACCUCGUUUUACCGAAAGUGACUAAAUUUGCAGAAAGUGAUACAAGUGUUCCGAUGUGUGAAAACUGAAUUUUGUUAAAUUUGUUCAGGGUUUUUUGACUGUUAUGUGUGGUAGAUAAAAACUUCGGCAAUACUAUUUACACCAAUCGCUAUUCACUCGAUUCAUGGUUUGAACCAUUGUCUUUACUGUAGAAAUGAAGACCAACACAGAUGAUAGCGGCAGAAGUCUUAGGUUACCAUAAGCUAAGUUAACUGAGUUAUGCUGGUCGAGUGUUUUUAAGGGCAAUAAACCUAGUGAAAACUCUUUAUAUAAAUCUUGGUGAUUUU